AUGUCAUCCCAUAUUCAUCGUGUCUCUAAAUCCUUUCUAAUUCACUCAAAACAGUCAACUAACAAGGGACUCAGCUUUGAAGUUAAAGAAGGUGACUACAAUGGGCUGGUGGCGACCAUGGGCCAUCUUGGCGAUGUGAAGGAGCGUCAGGCGGCCACAGACGAGCUUUUCGAGCCGUUAAAGCAAACUAUUGAACUGCUAAAAACGUACAACCAAGAAAUGUCAGAAGAUGUGCAUCAAAGUUUAGAGGUGAGUUUUAGCUUAUAG